AUGAAUAAAAGUUUUACACAAAAAUCUGGUUUAAUUCGACACAAAAGUUGUGUUCAUUUGAAGGACAAGAGGUAUAAAUGCAAUGAAGAUAAAUGUAGGAAAAGUUUCUCAACAAAAGAGAAUUUAAUUCGACACAAACGCAUUCAUUCGGGAGAAAAACCAUUUGUUUGUCAUUUCAAUGAUUGUAACAAAACAUUGCGCACAAAAUAUGAAGUAAAAGUACAUAUGAAAAGUCAUGAUUAUAAACAGCAAUAA